GUCACGCAAGCUGUUAGAAGUUAUGGUUGUGAUAAACGGUCAAGUUACGUGGAAAACUCUAUUCACGAUUUCAAAAAGUGAAAGCGCAUUAUUUUAUUGAGCAUCUGCGUCACCACUGUGCAAGCAGUACGCCUUUAAAUACGGCGGUUCAAGAAGCUCCAGCACACAUUGUCCUCACCUUGUUUUCUAAGCUCACAAUAUUGACUGCGUCCUUCCUGAAGACCGCGGAACUGAGGAACGUUUAGCACAAUGCAGAUGAACAGAUGCAUACAUUUGACUAUCGGCCUUUUUGUGGUGGCCCUAAAGCUCCCUUGCCUGGCUGGUCAAGACUGUGAGAAAGAAGCCAAAACUGAAGCGCAAGAGCUGUUGCAGACAUUCAAGUUUUUCACCUUGGUGGCCAUGACAGAACCAGAGGGGAAAAUACAGUGCGUGGUGUUCGAACAGACAUACGUUGAUCGGAAUGAAUUAAGCAAGUUACCUUAUGGACGCUACAAUGUCACUUAUAUGGACGGCACGGUGAAAAGGCACACUGAAGCUGUCGUAUUUCUUUCCACCCUGAAACCAUAUGGCCGCAUAUAUUCAGCUAUAACACAUCCCAACAAAAAAUGGCAGUUCACGCCGAUCUUCAGAAACGAAGGAAGUUGUUUUCUUCUCAAGUAUCGAAGUGAAUGGAAAAACGGUGGAAAUUACUACGUUAUCAAAAGUCUCGACGCAGGAAAGGACGACUACGAACCGUGCAUCGAAAAGAUGAAGGAAUGUUCCGGAAAGAACGUGACAUACGUAAACGAAGGCGAAAACUGCGGUAAAGCAGAGGAGGUCUGUUGAAGAUACGAAUAGAUUGAGGAAGGAAUGAAUGUACCCGAAUUCAGGAUGUAGUGCAAUUCAUCUGCGUGAGCUAAAAGCUCCAGAUUUUUUUUUCUUUUUUCCCAUAGCAAGCCUGUAGUUUUUUGUAGUGAAAUAAAUAUCUUAAACUAAGGGU